GCCAGACCUUCGUCCCUAUCCUCAGCGACGCGACACGCCUUCUGCGAACAACAAUCGCUGGUGGCUUCGACGGACGAGCGACGGAUCCACGGUCGGUGAAGCUCCGGCGUCGGCCAGAAACCUUCGGAGGAGACUUCCAGGCGGACGGCGACUCCAGCUACGGAUUCCGGCGACAGCUUUCGGGCGGGCGGCGGAUGAACUUCCAGGCGACAAAUCUGGUCUGUGGCCUCCGGAAAUCAACGACGGGCACUCGGGCAGAGAGGUACGAACGAAAUUUCGAACUUCAGUAAGAAAUCGAUUUCAAGCUCCAAUCGGCGAACAUCGGAAGACGGCGGUUGGCGGCGGCGGACGGCGGCAGACGGCGGUUCCCGUCUCUGAUACCACUGAACUCUCACACAAGGAAAGGAAGAAGGAAGACACUGCUCUCAAGAAUAUCUCUCGCAGGCUUAUUUCUCAAGGAAGAAGGAUACUCAAAUCAAAGAUAUUGAAGGCUGCCUGCCUAAUCGGGUGUGGCAAAGGACAAUCACAGGUAAGACAAAAACAAAGGGUGCAACGGACAGCAAGCAGUGGGACUGACUCCAGUUAUAGCUGCACUAAGUCAGAAAGACGCGAUCAAGGAACACAUGAACCUGGUUUUUGGCAGCAGCACAUCACAGAACACUGUAGAACAUGAAGAUGACCAUAUUGCAGAAACUUGUUUAAUUUGUUCCUCUUCCUUGAACGACACUCGAGAAUGAAUGACACGCUCAAUGAUCACACUUUUGCAACACAUAUUGUCGUUGGUGCAUGGUCUGCUGCACUCAGCAGUGCCUUGACUUACCCACUUGAUACUUUUAAGGUCCUUUUACAGGUAGGUUCAAACCCCAACAAAAAAUUGACCACUUCACAAGUUCUUUACAGGGUUAACACUUUAUCAGGAAGUUUAGGGUUGUACAGCGGUCUAGGCUGGCUUACAGUUGGAAGAACACUUGGUGUUGGUACUCGUUUCGCCAUUUAUGAACUAUUGACCUCAUUCUACAAAGAUGGUAGGAAGGACAAUUACGUGUCAGUCUCUGAGGCUUUGUUGGCAGGAAUUGCUGCUGGGGCGGCAGAAUCACUAACAACUUCCCCGUUUGAACUUAUCAAACUCCGUGCUCAGGUGGCUUCUGCAUUUCAGAUUCCACAAACAGCAUCAAACAUAAAAGCUAAUGAUGUUUCUCCAUUGAUUGGGAGGUUACUUCAUGGAUAUUCCCCAGAUAGCAGGAUCUUGAACAAUUCUGUUGGCCUUCUAUCUAUUUUGAGUGACAAGCAUCCCAAUUUAGUUAAGGACAUGAGGCAAUAUCCAUGGAUGAUGACUGGGUGUGGAAGACCUCCUUCUGUUUAUCAUGUUAAGCGACCAUCACAGAUUAUCUCUCUUGAAGGAUGGCGUACUUUGUGGAAAGGGUUGAGGUCAGGAAUUGUUCGAGAUUCUGUUUUCAGUGGCAUAUUCUUUUCAAUUUGGCAACUCAUGCAUGAAGCAAUGCUUACUUGGAAAGCUGUUGGGAUGACUCCCAUACCCAGGCACGAUGAUGAUGUUGGCCCGUUAUCUCCUUUCUAUGUUAGUCUCGCAGCUGGAUUUUCUGGUUCAAUUGCUGCCGCUGCGUCACAUUCAUUUGAUACUGCAAAAAGUCGUUCGCAAUGCACUGUGGUGCCUAAGUAUUUAUCAAAGGAGAGAAAGUUUCUCAAAUGGCAAAUUCCGGGGAAGCGAUUUGAGAGAUGGACAGGAAUCCACCCAUCAGAUAGAAAUUUGCUAUUUCGGGGAAUUUCCUUGCGAAUGGCUCGCAGUGGACUUGCAUCGUUUUUGCUAGUAGGAAGUUACUUUUUUGGCAUUGAUCAGUUCUCUCUCUUGAAGUAGGGAGUUUGACAGCUGCAGAAUACAUCAUUGGUUGGUUUUAUCCUAUAAUUUGAUUGAAACAUGUAACAGUCUAAUUCAAAACAUUUUUUUACAUUUAUUUGGGGUACACCGUUGAUAUGAACUGAGCAUUUAUGCUAUAGAACAAAGAGAUGUGUUUCAAUAAGCUAGUUACAAAUUGUGAUUGAUAGAUUACUUCUCUUCACAUGUAGUACCCUUCAUGGUUAUUAGUAUUUUUGAAAAACACAUUUGUUGUUUAAAUUAUACUUGUUGGUA